AUGAUGAUGCCUCUCAGACCUUCAAAAAGCGCCUGGCGCUCCGUGCACCUCCAAAGGCAGCUGGCCUCUGCUCGUCGACCUUUCUCGACUUCGUUCGUGGCAUCGGCUGCUUCGCCCCACCGCUCUCCUCCCCAGAAGCGGACGCAGAGCACUGCUACCGCGACUUCCGGCUCCAGACCCGUGCCCAGUCCGGCCUUCAACCAAGAACCUCACCGCAAUGAGAUCUCGCCUCUGCACAACCGCCAGCUCCCUGAGCUCGAUGACUCUAUGGUUGGGAUGAGUGGUGGUGAAAUCUUCCACGAGAUGAUGCUCCGCCUGGGCGUGAAGCAUGUCUUUGGUUACCCCGGUGGUGCCAUUCUCCCCGUCUUCGAUGCCAUCUACAACUCGAAACACUUCGACUUCAUCCUCCCCAAGCACGAGCAAGGUGCCGGCCACAUGGCCCAGGGUUAUGCCCGUGCUUCCGGCAAGCCCGGUGUCGUCCUCGUUACCUCCGGUCCUGGAGCCACCAACACCAUUACCCCCAUGCAGGAUGCCAUGUCCGAUGGUACUCCCAUGGUCGUCUUCUGCGGUCAGGUCGUGACAAGCGCCAUUGGAACCGAUUCUUUCCAGGAGGCCGAUGUCAUUGGUAUCUCCCGUGCCUGCACCAAGUGGAACGUCAUGGUCAAGUCCGUGGGUGAGCUGCCUCGCCGCAUCCAGGAGGCUUUCGAGAUUGCUACCAGCGGCCGUCCUGGUCCUGUCCUUGUCGAUCUGCCCAAGGAUGUUACCGCCAGUAUCCUCCGGAACCCGAUCCCCAUGCACAGCACCAUUCCUUCCCUCCCCAGUGCUGCCACCAUGGCCGCCCGCGAGCUGAGCAGGAAAUCCCUGGAGGCCACCAUCAGCCGUGUCGCCCGCCUGGUGAACGUCGCUGAGAAGCCUGUUCUCUACGUUGGUCAGGGUCUCCUCGCCCGUCCCGACGGCCCCGAGAUCCUAAAGGAGUUCGCCGAUAAGGUGCAGAUCCCCGUCACCACCACCCUGCAGGGUCUCGGUGGAUUCGACGAGCUGGACCCCAAGGCUCUGCACAUGCUUGGUAUGCACGGCUCUGCCUACGCCAACAUGGCUAUGCAAGAGGCCGAUCUGAUCAUUGCUGUCGGUGCUCGCUUCGAUGACCGUGUCACUGGUAGCAUUCCCAAGUUCGCUCCCCAGGCUAAGCAGGCCGCCGCUGAGGGCCGUGGAGGUAUCGUCCACUUCGAGAUUAUGCCCAAGAACAUCAACAAGGUCGUUCAGGCCACCGAGGCCGUGGAGGGUGACUGCGCUGAGAACCUCCGCCUCCUUCUGCCUCAGGUCGCCCCUGUGACUGAGCGCAAGGAGUGGUUCGACCAGAUCAAUGACUGGAAGGCUCGCUUCCCUCUGUCGCUGUAUGAGCACCAGGUCGCUGAAGGUCCCAUCAAGCCGCAGACCGUCAUUGAGACCCUGAGCAACCUCACUGCUCACAUGAAGGAAAAGACCAUCAUCACCACUGGUGUCGGUCAGCACCAGAUGUGGGCUGCCCAGCACUUCCGCUGGCGCCAGCCUCGCACCAUGAUCACCUCCGGUGGUCUUGGUACCAUGGGUUACGGUCUGCCCUCUGCCAUCGGCGCCAAGGUCGCCCGACCCGACUGCCUGGUUAUCGACAUUGAUGGCGAUGCUUCUUUCAACAUGACACUGACUGAGCUCUCCACCGCUGCUCAGUUCGGUAUCGGUGUUAAGGUUCUCCUGCUCAACAACGAGGAGCAGGGUAUGGUCACCCAAUGGCAGAAUCUGUUCUACGAGGACCGUUACUCCCACACUCACCAGCAAAAUCCCGACUUCGUCCCUCUUGCCCGCUCCAUGCGUGUCGCUGCCGAGCGCGUCUCCCGCACCUCCGACCUUGAGGCGAAGCUGAAGUGGCUCAUCGAGCAGGACGGCCCUGCCCUUCUGGAGGUUAUCACCGACCGCAAGGUUCCCGUCCUGCCCAUGGUCCCCGCUGGCCACGGUCUCCAUGAGUUCCUUGUCUACGAUGAGGCUAAGGAGAAGGACCGCAAGGAUCUGAUGCGCAAGCGCAAUGUCGACUUCCAGGUGAACCACCGCGAUUGA